GCUGAAGUAGCAGUCUAAUUAAUUUAACAGUCCUAAAAUUCUGACCCAUAGUAACAUGUUUUGUUGUUUUGUUUUUUUGUUUUUUUUAAGCACAGAAAGCAUUUUUAUUUUUUUAUUGAAGCAUGACUGCUUCUCUAACAGGUUCAUUCUCUUGUUCAGCCACCUGUUCAGUAAUCAGGACAAACAAGAAACCUGAUCUGCAAACUUGCAGAGUUCCCUCCCUUUUUCUGUUCUUUCCCACAUGCAUGCACAAAACGGCAAAACAAAGUAGCAACUUGUUUAGCGGUUGGAUCCUCUGCCUGACCAAACUCUUUCUGGAUUUUGAUAUGAAUUGGACUUAAAUUUAAAACGAUUUUUUUCCCCCCUCUCUCUGCACCAUGCAGACUCAGCUUGUCGCUGUGUGUUUGGCAGUUGUGGGUUUUUGUGGCACCAUCUUGAUUUGCGCUCUGCCCAUGUGGAAGGUGACCGCCUUUGUUGGAGCAAACAUUGUCACCUCUCAGGUCUUCUGGGAGGGAAUAUGGAUGAACUGUGUGAUCCAGAGUACGGGACAUUUGCAGUGUAAAGCGUAUGACUCAUUGCUGGCUUUACCACAGGAGCUACAAGCCUCCAGAGCUUUGAUCUGUGUCUCCAUUGCUGUCAGUGUGGUGGCCAUGGGGCUCACCGUGGUGGGGGCCCGCUGCACCAACUUCUUUCAUGAGGACUCUUUGACCAAAACCAACAUUGGUGUGUCUGGAGGUGUGGUCUUCAUUGUGGCCGGGCUGCUCUGCCUCAUUCCUGUCAGCUGGUCGGCUCACAGCAUUAUCACUGGUUUCUACAACCCGCUGGCCACCAAUGAGAGGAGAGGGGAGCUGGGCGCUUCCAUCUAUGUGGGCUGGGCAUCUGGGGCUCUGCUUGUCAUUGGAGGAGGGAUACUGUGUGGCACCUACAGGCGCUGAGGUCGCAAUGAAUGCUUUUGUUGGGGGAACUUUUUUUUUUUUUUUUCAGUUUCAGUUGUGCAGCAUUAGUGAACAUGUGAAGGAGGAAUUUAUUUUUGCUAGAAUCUGUGAUUUAUUUCUGGAAGACUGGAUGAUAAAGCUAUUGUAUAGAUAUUUUGGUACUCUAGGAAAGGCAAUGUAGCCACGCUAAUGUGUAGUGUGAAUAAAUGACAUUUAUGAAGAUGUGAUUUAUAGGCCAAGUGGACAAACUCUGUUCCUCUUAUUUUUGCGUAUCUGUGUUUAAUCAUGUGAGGGGGGGAAAGUGAAAGCCUGCAAGAGAAGAUAAAUGUGCUUUACAUGGGCUUCAAAGACCGCCCAACUCCCGCUUGCUAGUGGCUCAAAAACUACAUAUUUUUAAAUUGCACUUCCUUGUUUGUUUCUUGAUCGGCCUUUCUGUGUUUGUAUACGGUACAGGAGGGUCGGGGCCGUGGCACAGUGGGUCCAUAGUGUGUUUGGCCUUGGCUGUGUUGCACACUGCAGGAUUAAAUAGUGACUGAAUAACUGA